AUGCCCCCCCGGCCAGAAAUGCACGAAAAUCACGCAAGCCGCCCCGAAAACGUGACCGACGCCGAUCCAGGCGUGGCUGCCAAUGAACAAAACGUCCGCUGCCAUGUCGUGGCCAUGGCCCCCAAGUUUAUGGACCAUCCGCGAAGAAAUGGCGGCGCCCGGCUGCUCCAAACGCCAAAAAUGCCCCCCGGCCCAAAACAGCUGUAA